AUGCCCCUCCAAUCCACAUUACCGCACCAGCUCAGCAAAAUCCUAAACAUCCACCCCCUGCAAGAGCAUCAGUGUCUGGAGUUCAGCGUUGGCCGCGUCCACCGGUGCAAAAACACAAUCAGCCCUGCCACCCGCGCAGCAGCCCUUAGAUUACUCAAUACAGGCAGCAGGUAUUUCAACGAGGGUCGGGAUAUCAGCAGCACUUUGAUCGGUUUGUCGACUCUGCUGCUGUGUACUGAAUCGCAUCAGUCGCAGUGGUAUCGACUAGCUCGAAAGUGGGACUUCCAGGUGUGGAGGUACUCGCUUGGUCGGCGGGAUUCUCCGGCCACUAAGGAUAUGGGGAACAGUGAGGAUAGGUCUGUGCAGGGAGCUGGAGCUAGUAGUGUCCUCCACUCGGACGCAGUGCAUGGGCCGGUGGAGCAGACACAGCAAGCGCCGGCGGAGGAGUGGCGUCCACAGCGCGAGGUUCCAGGAUCAUACCCCCCUGAAGAGCGGACCGCCAGUCCUGUCAGCGAGACGUCGGUGUGCUCGAGCUCGAGCUCGGGUCAGGCCGUGGAUACGAGCGUUGUAUCGAGAAUGGUGGCGCCAAGGGCGGUUGAGGACGAGUGUGGAAUCUGUCUGUUAGGGUUUUUCGUGGACGUGACUGGCGGGUCGGCGAGGGAGUACACUGCGGCUGAGAAGAAGCUUUACGAGACCGAGUAUGAUGAUGAGCGGUGGGUGUGGUGUCAGGGUCAUUGUGGCACGAAUUACCAUCGAGAUUGUAUGGAUCGAUGGAUUGAGACGUUUGAUGAUUUGUUUCCGAGAUGUCCGACUUGUAGCGAAUUUUGGGUUUAUUGA